CCGUGUCUGUGUGUGAGCGACGAAAAACCUCAACUCAUACCCUCCGCUCUCUCUCUCUCCCUCUCUCUCACUCACUAUCUGAGGAAACCCUAAACUUGAUCCCUAGGACUCCCCUUCUGCACUCUCUCUCCCUCUAUUUCUCUCCUUCGCACACUCUCCUCCACGGGACACGCGCUCGAAGCGGCAGGGGGAUGAUGGGGGCAUCGGCGCGGAGAAUGAAUGGAGCGGUCAGGACGCUGGCUCUGGCGUUGCUGCUCCUCGUCACGCUGACCCGCGAGGACAAGGUUUACAAGGAGGACGAGGUGACUGCAGAGGAAGCAGCAAUGGUGGACCUAGAUGCCAUCCGAGGGGAUAUGAUCGUGACCGAGCCCACUUCAGAGGAACCUGAGCUGGAGACGCCCCAGGUCCAGAUCUUAAUGUGGCCCGAACCCAACCUCACUGACCAAACUUACGCCCCAGAUGUGAUGGAUGAACCAGACCUCACCACGCCUGUAGCCCCAGAGGGGGAAGGGAAGGUUGAGCCUGCGGCGGAGGUGGAGCAUGACAGGGGGGAUGGAGGUGGUGACCUCCCCCAGACCCAGACCCAAGCCCCCAUGAUCCCCCACACCUCCCAGGCCAGCGGCGGAGGCCUCCUUCCUGAGGCUGACGUUAUGUGUGUAAACAAGGAGAAGGUACAGGACAAAGAUGCAGUCAGUCUGACACUGAAGACCUCCUCCUCAUGUGAGGAAACCAGGUUGAAGAUCAAGAGUGUGCUGGAGCAUCUGUGUGGUCCGGAUUGUAAGCUGGAGGUGUACCAGGAAGACAACACUAACCAGAUCCUCAUCUCUGGACCGUACAUAGAUGAGGAUGCUAAAGGAAUGGCGGACAAGUUCAACAAUGACAACAUUAAAGAUAAGAUUGAUGUGGAGGAUGCUGUUCCCCGCUGGGGUAAGAACUCCAGGGUGGUGCUUGGUGUCCCUGCUCCUGGCUGGUCUGCUGUUGGCUGCUCUGCUGGUGGCAGGAUAUUACCUCAAGACUCACCGUGGCAACAACGCCAAGGGAGUCCGACUGGCUGAGUCCUUCCAGGUGGACGAGGAGAACCAGGCCAACACUCUGGUGUCGGUGGCCCCCCUGCAGCCUCAGGAGCCCGUGGACAAACCCACCGUCAACGGGGAGUCCUCGCCCGACGACGGCAAGAGCCAGUCCCACGCCCAACCAAUGGACACUCUGCC